AUGCCUAAAAUUAAAACUAUUCGAACUAAGAAAGCACCUGAGGGAUGGGAUUUAAUUGAACCAACAAUCACAGAAAUUGGAAAUCAAAUACGAGAUGUAGAGAAUCAAGCAUACAGUGAUAAGAAGAAACCAGAAUAAUUUUGGGAGAUUUACAAAUUGCAUCAUCAGAGAUCUCGUUAUAUAUACGAAAUGUACUAUUACAAAAAGGAGAUAACCAGAGAAUUAUAUGAAUUCUGUUUAUAAGAGUAGUAUGGGGAUGCAACAUUAAUAGCCAAAUGGAAGAAAACCGGAUAUGAAAAACUGUGUUGUUUGCAUUGCAUAUCUAAAUCGCAGCAUAACUUUGGUGGAACCUGUAUUUGUAGGGUUCCUAAAGCGAAAUUAGAGGAAGGGAAAUUGGUACAAUGUAAAUAGUGUGGAUGCAGAGGUUGUGCUAGUGGAGAUUGAUAUAAUUAUCUAUAAAAUGGUACGAUAAGUUUUAAUCAUCCACAUUUUAA